AACAGAAAGGACAUCUUGUCUAAUGCAGAGGAUCACAACGGCAAACCAGGUAGACUAAUUCGCCUGCAGCUGGGUCGCAUCAAACUUAUAACUUUAUGUGAUAGAGUAUAGGAUGACUGAGGGGACGAUAACUGUUGUCAUCACAAUAUUGUCAGUAUGUUAGUCUCUUAUCUCAGAAGCAAACUGAGCAUCCUUGUCUAUAUCGAUCAUGAUUGUUGACACCAGGCAGCUGCAGUUGACUAGCAGCGAUAUUCUAAAGGUUUACCCGAGAUUCCGGCUACUGGUAAUAGGGAAUACCGGAGUCGGAAAGUCAUCACUGAUCCAGCAGGCAUUCAAAAUAAAUGAAGUACAUAUUUGUGAACACAGACGUGGUGAAGCGGAUAUCGACAAGGAAUUCAUUGCGCCAGAAAAUGAACUAUUUGUCCUCCACGAUAGUCAGGGGUUUGAAGCUGGCGAUAGCAAGACUUUUAAGACUGCAAGAGACUUCAUUGACCGCCGACGCAAGGAGCCCAAAUUGCAGGACAAAAUCCACGCGGUCUGGCUCUGCCUUUCGAUACCUCAUGCCGAUGGACGCUUGCUUGAGAGCGGAGCAGAGGAAUUUCUCAAAUUGAGGAAGGAGAUACUAGGCGAUAUUCCGAUCAUUGCUGUCUUCACCAAGCAUGACGUUUUUGUGAACAAAUUGGAGCUCGAAGCUGUUGAUUCUGACCAAUAUGAUGAAAUCGCGCUCGAAGAGCUUAAAGUUACCACAUUGGAUAAAUUGUGUAUCCAGCCGCUUAAGGAAGUAGCUGGGAGCGACAUCCUGCACGCAACUGUUUCAACGAACGAAGAGUACGAGAGCACAAUAAGACAACUGGUCUAUCUUACAACCACGAACAUUGAAAAAUAUGUCGCCAAGAAGCAGCAUUAGCAAUGAUGAUAACCCAGCGAGUAGAUAUCAGUCUUAAUGUUAAGCAUCAAUUGCGUAUGCACGAUGACUAUUAUUUUGGUAAAGCCUCGAUUUCGCAUUUUUACUUUUCGCAGCAUCAGCGAGAAAAUUUCUCGGCU